AAAUAUAUUGACCUACAUUAUUAAGGCAUAAUCAAAGAAAGGGAAGAUGGCAACACUAAACCAUUUUUUUGAUAGUUCCCAAGAACAAAUAUGUUAUGUCCAAUGCAGUUUUUGUACCACUAUCUUACUGGUAAGUGUGCCUUAUUCUAGCAUGUCAAUGGUGGUGACAGUAAGAUGUGGUCAUUGCACUGGUCUUCUCUCUGUCAACAUGUUGAAAGCCUCCUUUGUUCCUUUUCAUCUUUUUUCUUCCCUUAACCAAGAACAUCAGAUGAGUAAUUAUAGGCAGCAAGAGGAAGUGGACACAUUAAAGGCAAAUAUGGAUAGGCACAGCACCACGUUGUCUAUGGAACCCUCCUCGGAAGAAGAUAAUGAUGAUAACGAUGAGGAAGAUGACGAUGAAGAUGAUAUGAUCGCGGUUAAACAUAUUGUUCAUAAACCUCCGGAGAAGAAAAGAAGGGCACCAUCUGCUUAUAAUCGAUUCAUCAAAGAAGAAAUUAAAAGAUUGAAGGCUAUGAAUCCUAACAUGAGUCACAAGGAUGCAUUUAGUACUGCUGCUAAAAAUUGGGCACAUUACCCAUCUGCCCAACAUGAUGUUGAUGAAGGAAAUGGUGGCCAUGAGAACAAAAACGUUAUAUACAAUAACUUUGAACAAGAUGUUGAGGCUUUCAGGUCCAUUUAGAAGGCAAAAGAUUCGGUGAAAGAAAGCCCUCAAAGCAUUUAAUUAUCAAAGACAACCUCAAAAUUUAGUGAUCAAGACAUCUACUUACAACAAUUUAUUGCUGAAUGAGAAUCGAGUUUUUGUCUUAGAUAGAAAGCAAAUACUAUUUUUUAGGUAAAAUUUUAAAUUCGAUUCUCGCUCUAAAACGGCUAGUUAAAUAAUUUUUAACUUUUUUGUGUCCUAGUAAAUGUUUUUUGAUAUUGAUUAAUGGACAUAAUGCUAAUAUGAAGUUUCUUUUGUAUGUGAUCUAGUAGAAGUAUGAACUAUUGGUAAUCUUAUAUGGAGAAAUGAAAAAUAAGUUACUUAUUGUACGUCCACUCGA